AUGGCUAAGAAGAAGAAGGAGUGUAACCAUUCUGGGACCAAGGAAACACCAGAAACGAAGACUUCGGCAACUGAACUGAUAUCCACCCAAACACGUAUUAUUAACAUAGAGAUCUCAGAUACCGAAAAUGAUUCUUCAACAUCAUCAUCUUCCGGCGAGAUUAUAUCUCGAACGACAGAAAUUACAGUUAUGAAAAAGGCCAAUCUUGUACCAGCGAGUAAGCCAUGCCAAGCGGAGAAGCAGAACAAGAAAGCCCCAAAACAAAAUGAAUCGGCCGAUCAGCUGACCAAAAAGCUGGAGCUUCUUGCUGAAGAGCGGAAGCUGAAGCCAUGCCUCAAGCGAAACGAUACAUCUAAGGGUAGUGGGUGCAAGGAAGAGACCAAGAAGCUCAAUUGCAUGGACUCAAUUACCAAGGAAAACACGCUAAGAAACAGAGGUGAAGGAGUGAGGCCGGAAAACUCUAAGACUGACCAAACGCAAAGUCACCACAAAACGCAAAGUCCGCAAAUUAUCUCAACCCACAAAACUUCGAUCCAUUCACCCCAUAACCAUCUGCAAAACCAAGCGCACCGAUAUUAUACUUCGCACGUCUACGGUACCGCAGGUAGACCUGGCAACGGAGUUUACCCAAGCACACAAUCGCAUCAUCCCCAAACAACAACAUUGCAAAUUUCCAGAGUUCGAUCCAACGACCUUCCAAACACGUCCAACUCUGCUCGUCCUCGCGCGAAGCUACACGAGCUAGCCACAAUGGCGCAGAAUCCGGAGUCACAAGUCAUACAGCAGGCCAGAGCCGAAGUCAUCUUGCGCGAAGAUGUUAUUGAGACUCCGACCGAUCCACGCCCGAAUGCUUUCUUCUGCGCAAAAACCGGGGUUUUGCGAGUCUAUCACGGCGUUCAAUAUGGUAAUCCAUACGCGACAAUUCUUCCACAUCCUCCUAUUCCUAUUGGUACCUACCCUCCACAUGCUGGUCAGUUCGUUGGACCGAGUCCUGCACAGGUGCAUGGUGGCCCUCCGCCAAUGCCCACGCCUGUCCCAACUCCUGGUCCGCGACUCUUCAGCCAACCCCAGAAUUCUCCUGCGGCAAACAACCGCUAUUUUAGUGGCCCAGGCAGUAACAAUCAGCGAUAUUUCACGGGAGGCGGAAGCAACUCUCACUUCCAUGCGCCUCAAGCAGGGAACUCGGGUCCGCCACCACCAUCACCACCAUCAGCCUGGCCAAGUGCGAUGGCUCAAGAUGCUAACUAUAUGAAUGGGAACAACAUGUCUUCAAAUAAUAUGCCUGGUUCGUGGGGUAAUGAAGGUCCUUCAAACAAUAAUGCUUUCAACAACGGCAAUUCUGGCUCCGGUUGGAAUUCAAAUUCAAAUGGCAAUCAACAAAAUUCUGGGCAGCAAAAUUGGAACAGUGACAACAAUGGGUCAGGUUGGAAUCAGAACUCAAAUGGCAAUACUACCAACUCUGGAAAUGACUGGAACUCAGGCCCCGCUAACAAUCAACAGACUCCUGGUAAUAACCACAAUUCUUCUGCUCCAAGCUUCGGUAACGGAAACGGCGGAAACCAGAAUCAAAGAAACAACAACUCUUCGGGCAGCUUUCAUGGUGGAAACAAUUCUCCAUGGCAAAACCAAAACACCAACGGCCCUCAAAACAAUCAACACAACACUCCACAGCAAGGUUCUUUGGGUCCAACGAACCCUUGGAAUUCAAACGGCAGCAAUCAAAAUUUCAAUGACUCUAACAAUCAUAACAACAAUCAAUCAGGUAAUGAGUGGGGUGGAGACAAUAACAAUACCGGUGGAGGAUGGGGAGAGAACUCUCAACAGCAGAAUUUCAACGAUUCAUCUAACAACAACAACGCUGGAGGAGACUGGGGAAAUAACGACAACUCUGGUGGCGGUGGUUGGGGUAAUGAUGAGUCGAAUAACAACAACAAUUCUGGAGGCGGAGGAUGGAACGAUUCAUCUGGCAACAAUGAUAAUAACAACUCGGGUGGGGGAGGAGAUUGGAGUGGUAACUCUAACCAGCAGAAUUCCGGGGGAAAUGAGUGGAAUAGCAGUGGCAAUAACAACUCUGGUGGUAACGACAACCCCGGUGGGAACGAGUGGAAUGCUAAUGGCAACAACAACUCCAGCGGGAAUGACUGGAACAGUAAUGACCACAAUGCAAACUCUGGUGGACAGAACGUCAACAAUAAUUCCAACAACAAUGGCAAUAACAACGCAGGAGGAAGCAAUUGGGGUGGCAGUAACCAUAACUUUGGCGGCCAGAAUUUCAACAAACCAAGUAGUAAUCAUCCAAACAGCCCUGCGGCAGGUAGUAACUGGAAUGGCAACAAUCAACCGAACGGAAGCGGUGGCGGCAAUGGAGGAUCUUGGGGAAAUAACCACAACUCAAACAACCAGAACUUCCACAGGUCACUUGGAAAUCCUCCACCCAACAGCCCUAACAACAAUUUCGGAGGCAAUAAUAACAACCACCCUGGAGGGGGCGGAGGCAGUCCAUGGGGCAACAAUCAAAAUUCCAAUAACAACUUCGGACCCCACAACGUUAAUAACCAUAAUUCCAAUCCUCAACAGUCAUCCGGUAACAACUGGGGCGGCCUUCCUACACCUGCACCUUGGGGUGAUAUGUCUGCAGCUCAGAGUUCUGGUAAUGACAACAAUAACCAGAAUUCUGGUGGUGGAGGCUGGGGCAAUGACAACGGCAAUAACAACUCAGGCGGAGGAUGGAAUGACAACAACAAUAAUUCCAAACCUUGGCAGAAUGAUACGGCCGUCUCUGCUGGUAGUUGGGGUGGUGGUAAUGAUAAUACUGGGCCGACUGGUGGGGCUAGUAAUCAUGGUGGUUGGUAA